AUGCGCAGUUCUGUCUCAAACUUUGCUUUUUAAUAUGACGAUGACGCUUUCCAAGUUAUAUAGUUUUAGGGUACCGUGUUUUAAUAUAUUGACAUUGGAUGAAAGAAGUCACAAAAACGAAUAGGGCGAUUUCCGCUUUCGGAUCCAGCUCAAUCUCCAGCUGGUUACUUUCAGUUUUUAAAUGCAGGCAGUAAAGGCGUUGUCAAUGGCGUUUGAACGACUGCGCCGCAUUAUUAUCUCAAAAUGACAACGGUGAAAAUGGAUUAUUUUUGGUCGGCAGUGAUUUUGCUCGUGACUGGUGCAUCUGCGGUGAAGAUAGAUGGGGUAUCAGUGUCAUUGAUGGAAGGAGAUACGAUCACUCUACACACUGGUGUUACUGAAACCGAAGGCAAAAAAAUGCAGUGGUAUUAUAAUGGCACUCGCAUUGCUCGAAUCACUGGAGAUCCCAAUAAGACCUGCACAGAUGUUCAGUGUAUGGAAAGAAAUCGGAGAUUCAGAGGCAGACUGUAUCUGGAUCACCAGACUGGAUCUCUGACCAUCAGAAACAUCACAAGCACAGACUCUGGAGAAUAUAAACUACAGAUCAUCAUCCCCAGCAUCAGCAGCACUGACAAGAUCUUCAAUGUCAUCAUUAAUGGUCAUUCUGCUGCUGAAAGAGAGGAAAUGAGGAGAAAGUCGGUUAAGGAGGGGGGAUCCGUUACUUUGGAUCCUGGUGUGAUAAAAACCCCUAACGAUUUGAUGAGGUGGCAUUUUAAUGACAUUCCCGUCAAUGAAAUCCCUGGAUAUCUGAGUAGGAGCUGUGCAGAUGUUCAGUGUAAAGAUGCUGAUGAGAGAUUGAGAGACAGACUGGAGGUGAAUCAGACCGGAUCUCUGACCAUCACGAACACCCGAACCACAGACUCUGGACUCUACAAACUACAGAUCAACGGCAGCGGAUUCAGCAUCAUGAGGACAUUCAGUGUUAAUGUCACUGCUGUUCCAGAUUCAGGUCAGUCUACAGUUGUUGUAGCAGGAAUAUGUGCAGGUGUUGGUCUGCUGGUGUGUGCAGCUGCUGCUGCUGCUGUGAUUUGCUAUUGCCGCAGACAAAAUAAAGGCAACAGGAAGCAGCACAAUGGUAUAGAAUUGACAUCCCAUAAUUGCAGUAACCCUAAUUCGGACAUUAUUGACAGGACAACUCCUAAUCAAAAUGACCCUCAGGACACUACUGAUGGGACGUCCCAUCCUGAGAAAGCCCCAUUAAUGGAAGCCAUAAAAGGAAUAUCCCCUAGUCUCAAUGGCCUUCAGUUUAAGGACACUACCGAUGGGACGUCCCCUACACAAACUGACCUUCGGUUGAAGGUCACUACUGAUGGGACGUCCCCUACACAAACUGACCCUCAAUUGAAGGACACUACCGAUGGGGCGUCCCCUACACAAACUGACCCUCAGUUGAAGGACACUACCGAUGGGGCGUCCCCUACACAAACUGACACUCAGUUGAAGGACACUACCGAUGGGACGUCCCCUACACAAACUGACCCUCAGUUGGAGGACACUACCGAUGGGACGUCCCCUACACAAACUGACCCUCAGUUGGAGGACACUACCGAUGGGACGUCCCCUACACAAACUGACCUUCGGUUGAAGAUCACUACUGAUGGGACGUCCCCUACACAAACUGACCCUCAGUUGAAGGACACUACCGAUGGGGCGUCCCCUACACAAACUGACACUCAGUUGAAGGACACUACCGAUGGGGCGUCCCCUACACAAACUGACACUCAGUUGAAGGACACUACUGAUGGGACGUCCCAUCAUGAGAAAGUCCCAUUAAUGGACGCCAUGAAAGGAAAAUCACCUAGUCUCAAUGGCCCUCAAUUUAAAGACACUACUGAUAGGACAUCCCAUACACACAAUGACCCUCAAUUUGAGGACAUUACUGAUGGGACAUCUGAUAUCGAGUUUAUAGAUGCUUGAGAAUGAGUCACUCACAGCCAAAUAUGUUUCGUUGACCACUCAAUCAGACUAAAAAGCCUUCAUGUGAACACCUUAAUCAAUCCAAAUGAGCUCGAUCUGACCGGAUUGAAAGGGGUUCAAGAGUGCAUGGAAACACUGUGAUGCAGAAAUGACAUAGCUGUAUAAAUGAAUGUCCCGUCAUCAACAACAAUCCUCGCGCUGUCCAUCCGUGAAGUGGAGCAGGGCAACAUCCCUCCAGUCCCGAUUUCAUAUUCUCAUCCAGAGACAUCUGGUUUCUGCAUGGUAACAUAGCCACUGUUUGUUAAGAUGAUGAACAAUGCCUGUGAAUGGCAAUCCUGCACACAGAUGUUUUAGAUCUCUCGUUUCCUUCAAUUCUUGUCUUGAAACACGUUCAUAUGCUGCUUGUAUUCUCUAUUACAUUUUUUCCAUAAAAAUGGAAAAGCCUCAA